GGAGCUGCUGCAGAGUCAACGCAAGCAGAGGGAGGUGCGGGCCGGGGAGGAAUACUGUCUUGGAAACAUAACAUUGGCCUUGGACUCUCCGGCCCCUGGGGUUUUCCAAUGGGAUCUCAGAAGCAGCGGCGGCAGUGAAGGGCAGCAGCCCCGGGCCAGUCGCUAUUUGAACGCUCAGCCCUGCAGCUCUUCUGGACCCAGGAGCCCAAAGCCCUGCCCUCGCCGGUCACCAGGUCACAGUUUUUAUCCACAUGAACAUACAUGGCUUUGUUACGAAAAAUUAAUCAGGUGCUGCUGUUCCUUCUGAUUGUGACCCUCUGUGGGAUUCUGUAUAAGAAAGUUCACAAGGGGACUGUGCUCAAGAAUGAAGCAGGUGAGGACUCUGGGACUCCGGAGGAACUGGACGCUGAGAUCCCCGUGGUGAUCUGUGCAGCAGCAGGGAGGAUGGGGGCUGCGAUGGCCGCCAUCAAUAGCAUCUACAGCAACACGGAUGCCAACAUUUUGUUCUAUGUAGUUGGGCUCCGGAAUACUCUGUCUCGAAUACGAAAAUGGAUCGAACAUUCUAAAUUGAGAGAAAUAAACUUUAAAGUCGUGGAAUUCAACCCUAUGGUCCUCAAAGGGAAGAUCCGACCAGACUCAGCGAGGCCGGAGCUGCUCCAGCCUCUGAACUUUGUUCGGUUUUAUCUCCCUCUGCUGAUCCACCAACAUGAGAAAGUCAUCUAUUUGGACGACGAUGUCAUUGUGCAAGGUGAUAUCCAGGAGCUGUAUGACACCACCUUGGCCCUGGGCCACGCGGCCGCCUUUUCAGAUGACUGUGAUUUGCCCUCGCUUCAGGACAGGCACAGACUUGUGGGGCUGCAGAACACCUACAUGGGCUUCCUGGACUACAGGAAGAAGACUAUAAAAGACCUUGGCAUCAGCCCCAGCACGUGCUCGUUCAACCCUGGUGUGAUUGUUGCCAACAUGACGGAAUGGAAGCACCAGCGUAUCACCAAACAACUGGAGAGAUGGAUGCAGAAAAAUGUGGAGGAGAAUCUCUACAGCAGUUCCCUGGGGGGAGAGGUGGCCACCUCUCCAAUGCUGAUUGUGUUUCAUGGGAAAUACUCCACCAUCAACCCCCUGUGGCACAUAAGGCACCUGGGCUGGAGUCCAGAUACCAGAUAUUCAGAGCAUUUUCUGCAAGAAGCAAAAUUACUCCACUGGAACGGAAGACAUAAACCUUGGGACUUCCCCAGUGUUCACAAUGACUUAUGGGAAAGCUGGUUUGUUCCCGACCCUGCAGGGAUAUUUAAACUCAGUCACCAAAACAGAUGACACUUUAAAUAUUUUCUGUAUAAAAACGUGGAAUUGUCCAUUUGCAACCUACUAUAACAUCAUUCUUUAUGAACAGUACCUUCGAUACGUAUGAUCCACAAUAUGAAAAACAGAUACUACUGUGUGCAAGUAAUACCUUGGAUCACAUAGGUAUUGAUUACUUCCUUAAGUACAAGCACUGAGUGUGGAAAUCAAGAUUAUGUGAGUGAAAUAUAUUGUUGGAAAGAAAGAAACCCAUGUAGGUUCCAGCAACCAAUUUGCUUAACUCAGUGACAAUUAUAUCUAAAACUUUUCAAAAUUUCUACAUGUAUUUUUCACAUGUAGGUAUUUUUUUAACAGGUUGCCAGUCUUGUGUUUUUGUAUUACACUUAAAACAUGAAUG